CCUUCACAUCUGUUUCAGAUUUUAGUAUCACCAAUCUGCUGAAUCACCAUAGCACUUCUCCUUUCUCCCAAUUUUCAUUAUCCUUCUUUAAUCUUUCUUUUCUCAACUUUUCUGUUGCAGGCAUGGAUAAUGCUGCAGGUCCAAAUUUGUUACUACCUUUGCACCGUUGCAAAACUAUUCACUUGGUGAGGCAUGCUCAAGGGAUUCACAAUGUAGAGGGAGAUAAGAACUUUACAGCAUUACUGUCUCCUGAGUAUGCUGACGCGCAUCUUAGCCGGCUAGGCUGGCAGCAGGUUGAUAACUUGCGUAGGGAUGUCCAAAAUUGUGGCCUUACCAAGAGGAUCGACUUAAUCGUCAUGACGCUGCAAACAGCUGUUGGAGUAUUUGGUGGGGAGGGUUACACGGAUAGGAUGGAUGCAGUUUCACUUGUGGUGACAAAUGCAAGAAAAAGCAGCCGUGCUGCAAUUUCUAGUCUAAACUCUCCUCCAUUUAUUGCAUUAGAUCUUUGUCGGGAACGUAUGGCUGAUGUUAUGGAGCCAGUUGAAGAUGUUGUAGCAAGGAGUUCGAAACUAAUUAUCUGCUUGUUGAAACGGAAAGAGAACGAGAUAGCAAUUGUUAGGCAUGGCGGAUUCUUGGUUCAUACAUUAAGGGCAUUCGGAAAUGAUAGCCAUCCAUUGCUGAAGGAGGAAAUGUGCAUACCCUUCGCAAAUUGUGAGCUUCGAUCCAUGGUUAUUGUUGAUAGAAGGUCAGCCUCUCUCAUUGUGACGCCCCACCUCAAAUCUCACUUGGGAGGAUAAUGUGAGUUUGAGCUUUUAAAUCUCAGCUUAAAAGACUUUUAGGCCAUUUUACUAGUUUUAGACAAUAUUUGCUACCCUUUCAAGAAUUUUUUUU